GCCACGUGGGAAUGUAUCUCAGUCGAUCUGGGGCAUUUCGCGUUUGUCAGCGACCACCAUCAGCGACCACCCGAGGCGCAUCAUUGUCGUCGGUCAUUGUCGUCGGCCGUCGUUGUUCAGGACGGCGACGACGACGACAACUGCGACGACCGCCAAGGAGAAACCGGCGAUAACUUAAUAUUACCACCACCAUCUAUCACACGAAAUUCGGACUUCUCCCGUUCCAUCAGGCUUCCUCGCUCAGGGCGCCGUUUCAGCCAUCUUGGUUUCCUCUCUCCUCUCAAGAUGACGGUAGAUCCCUUCGCUGUGUCCACGAAACCGACACCAGAGUCGUUGGCCAUCGAUGAGAGCAUCCGCCUUGAGAGGAAACGCCUGAAAGACAACCCAGUGGUCAAGGUUCUCCUGCUGGGACAGAGCGAGAGCGGGAAAAGUACCGUAAUCAAGAAUUUUCGUCUCGCCCACGACGCCGCCUCGUUUCGCGCUGAGAGGGCGUCAUGGCGUUCUGUCAUCCAGCUCAACUUGAUACGCUCUGUGGGAAUCAUACUAGAUGCCCUCGACGACAUCGAACAGCUACCACCCGACUUGCGUCUUCUUCGCCUCCGCCUCAUCCCGCUCAGGCGCGUCGAGACAGAUCUUCGUCACCGACUCUCAGAUUCUGCUAUCCCGGUUACACCAGAGCUAUCAGUUCGUUCUCUUGCUCAACUCUCCCAUUGCCCCGAUCCUGUGUCUCUAUUACGAGAAAGUUCCGAGGCUCAGGAUGUCAUCACGUCUCUGCGAGAAGACAUUCGACAUCUGUGGCUCGACGAACGCGUCCGCAAUGCACUACGACGGAAAGGCAUUCGCAUAGAAGAAGGGGCUGGAUUUUUUCUAAAUGAUCUCGACCGAAUAGCCAUCUCAUCCUACACGCCCUCUGAUGAUGACGUCUUACGUGCACGACUGCGUACGAUGGGCGUGCAAGAAUGGCGAAUCCCAUUUCCGCCGGCCCCAGGUCAACACCCUUCCUUUUCGCAUCCUUGGGCUCUCUACGACGUCGGUGGUGCUCGUACACAGCGACGCGCCUGGCUUCCGUUUUUCGAUGGUGUGAAUGCAAUCAUAUUCCUGGCCCCUCUCUCUCCGUUCGACACUCCGCUUCCCGAAGACCCCAGUGUAACCCAUCUCGACGACACGCUAGCUCUCUGGCACGCUAUCACCUCUACGCCCCUUCUAGCGCGGUCGACGCUGAUUGUGUUCCUCAACAAGUGUGAUCUACUGAAACGUAAGCUCAAGUCUGGUGUUCGAUGGGGUGACUGGGUUCGCGGGUAUAAGGGGGAAGAGGAGGUAGGGGCUGUGGUGAGAUGGACGCGAGAACGGUUUCGAGAGAUCGGGCGUACGAAAAGUCCGCCUGCUGCAAAGGGACGGACGACAUAUGUCUACCCGACAAGCGUAACAGACACGAAAGCCACGGCGGUUACGUUGAAAAGUGUUCGUGAUGGGAUAUUGAGAGAACAUCUGAAGAUGGCCGAGUUUGUUUAGAGUGGCGGCGUGGGAGUGGAAUGAAUUUAUGGACAUGAUAUACUGUUUUUAUUUAUUGAAUUGUUGUUGUACGUUCACAUUGGUACUAGUAGUGUUUUAUGUAAAUGAAAAUUCAUAACGGCCACAGUGAGGCUGGUGCACGUAAUGUACCUAUGUGCCUGUGGAAAGCCCAUACUUAUUCAUCCCUACUGUCCAAAAGGUCAGCUCAAAAUCCGUGAAAACGCAAUGACCUCAGGUCAGGGUGUACAGUCCUUCCGACGCGAGUCCUUAUGUCCGUGAUCGAUUCAACAAUUCAAAAUGUGGAUAUGGGGCACAACGUCGAUUCACAAAUCAAGCAUCCUGAGCCAGCAUUGCAGAGUUGCAGACUCGUAAUUGCGCCUUGGAGGACUGACUGCGUAGUUUCGUCAUUCUGGUUGAUAGCGAGCAUUCUCAUUCAAGCCAUGGAAGAAAUCA